AUGAGUGAAAGGAGGCGAUCGGCAGCUGCCCUCAGUACGAGGGCGCACGCCUUCUCGGUGGAAGCGCUGAUCGGGACAAAUAAAAAGCGGAAAAUCCAAGAAUGGGGCGAGAAGACCAUGGAGCUGAGUGUGGACAGUAUAAACCCGGAUUCGGAGCUUGGCGACAGCGUGGAUUCAAGCCAGUGUAUGGAGAUCAACUCCGAGUCUCAGCUGAGCUCAGAUCAGGAGCAGAGCCCGGCAGCAGAGGGGGAGAGCCCAGCCCAACAUACAGCCUGUUCCUAUAGCUCUCCCACAGAACUCACUGCCGACACUUCCUCAUCUCUCCCAACCUCCUCCAUGGAUGAGAUUCAGAUGGAACUUCAAUGUGCCGACCUUUGGAAGCGAUUUCAUGACAUCGGCACUGAAAUGAUUAUCACCAAAGCUGGAAGGCGAAUGUUCCCUGCAAUGAGAGUGAAGAUCACAGGGCUUGAUCCACAUCAGCAAUAUUACAUAGCAAUGGACAUCAUCCCUGUUGACAACAAACGAUAUCGGUACGUCUAUCACAGUUCAAAAUGGAUGGUUGCAGGGAAUGCAGAUUCACCAGUCCCUCCUCGAGUCUACAUCCAUCCAGACUCUCUAGCAUCUGGGGACACGUGGAUGCGACAAGUCAUCAGCUUUGAUAAGCUCAAACUUACAAACAAUGAACUGGAUGAUCAAGGACAUAUAAUUCUUCAUUCCAUGCACAAAUAUCAGCCCCGGGUGCAUGUGAUCCGAAAGGAUUUCAGCAGCGAGCUGUGCCCAACCAAACCAGUGCCUGCGGGCGAAGGGGUGAAAACUUUUACUUUCCCGGAGACUGUCUUCACCACUGUAACAGCGUAUCAAAACCAGCAGAUUACAAGGCUGAAGAUCGACAGAAAUCCUUUCGCGAAAGGGUUCCGGGACUCGGGAAGAAACAGAACUGGCUUAGAAGCCAUCAUGGAGACAUAUGCCUUCUGGAGACCUCCUGUCCGGACUCUCACAUUUGAAGAUUUUACCAACAUGCAAAAACAGCAAGGAGGUAGUACAGGAACAUCUCCAACAACUUCUAGCCCAGGAACUCCAUCCCCUUCAGCAUCUUCCCAUCUGCUGUCUCCAUCUUGCUCCCCACCAGCAUUCCACCUCACCCCCAAUACCUUCAAUGUUGGCUGCAGGGAGAGUCAGCUCUGCAACCUCAAUCUCUCUGAAUAUCCAGCUUGUGCUCGAGGCAACAUGGCCACCUUGCAGAGUUACCCAGCUCUAGCUGAGGGUGGAUACAACCGGUUACAAGGUCCCAGUGCAUCUUCUCAACCACCAGCAGAAACAUUCGUUCCGCAGAGGACUUCUUCAUUGAUUUCUGCAGUACCCACACCUUCUUCAUUACAAGGCAACAACAAGAUGGAUGCUUACAGCAGUCAGCUGCCAUCAUUUACUGCUUCCCAGUUUCAGUACGUCAUGCAGACAGGAAGUCCUGCCUCUAACACCUCUUCAUCUCACAUGUUUAGUGGUAGUCAUGUCCAACAGAGCUCCUACAAUGCCUUCUCAUUACACAACCCGUAUAAUAUUUAUGGCUACAACUUCUCUGCCUCACCCAGACUGGCGGGCAGCCCUGAGAAACUUAAUGCAUCCCAAAGCACUUUACUCUGUUCCUCUUCACCCAACGGGGCCUUCAGCGAGAGACAGUUCUUGUCCACAGGAAUAGAUGGGAUGCAUGUGAUUGCCUCCACUCCUACCCAGCAGCCACAGAACGCUUGUGACGCCAGACAGUAUGGGACUGUCCCAGGGAGUUCUUCACAAAUGUCGGUUCAUAUGGUAUAA